UACAUGUACGUGGGCUCUGAAACAUAGACUGUGGCUUAUCCGACUUAUGCACUUCAUCGAAGUUAGAGCCAACAGCUAAUUCUCAUUGCAUAGUAGGCCUACAUGUGUUACACCGCUACUGUAACAUUGGUUAAUUGACUAAAUUGACUAGGGCCAAAUUUCGAUAGCGAUCGUUCGUAAUUUUUACAUUAUUCCGAUGUUGGCCAGCAGUUAUGAAUAUGGUUUUAAAUGGAUAAGGCCUCAUUUCCAGAAAGCGAUCUUUUUAAUCGAUAAACUUAAAUGCGCAUAGUCGAGACUGGUGCAUACAGCCAUGCCAGCGGAAUUUAAGCAUGUUUUAUCUCCUGAUCUUUUCAAUCAUUUUUAACGCGGCAUCUACGCAGAGAGCGAACUCAUAAAUCACAGCAUUCGGAAUACCAGUAACAAUAAGUUAUAAGCUCGCUUGCGUUUCAAACGGAAGACAGAAGCCAUAAGCCAGGUAGACGGUAACUGGAGAUUUUUUCUUUCCACCCAUCAAAUCUUUCUUGCUUGGAGUCCGAAUUUUCGAGUCCGAGGCGAAUAUCAACUCCAAGAGCUACGUGUAUCUUGGUGUAGUCUUCGAAACGUGGGGGUUUGUUGUUGAGGCCUUCUGAAGAGGAAUGGUCCAUGGCGAUGUGAUACAGAAAACACUUGAUUUCGACGGCAAGGACUCCUGUCUUACACGUGGCGCAGUGCGUCUGGGGUUUUCAAGCGGCAUAUAGGAAAUUAACCCUAAUUGAGACAAAUGGUACAAAAAGAGAGAAAAAAAGAAGUGAGAUUAGCGCAUUAAGCAACGUUAUUGAUUUGCGUCGGCUGCCGAGAAUAAAAAGAGACGGAUUGUAUGAUUGAGUCUUUUGAUCUCCAGCGAGAAAGCCAGAGACAAUAGAAAUUAACCUUUGCGUGUUAAAACUGCACGGAAACGUUUGCUAUCAUAUUACAAUCAAAAAUAAAAUAAAAUAAAGCAAGAAAAAGGUCGUGUCGAAGGAGCUAAUAUGACUACUCUGAACAUUUCAGUUUAUGGGACUUUACACCUUAGAAAAAUAGCAUGCGAUGCUCUGCCAAGGAACCCCUUCUCAGUAGAGGAAUACGUUUUGUUCGCACUUUUGGCCUUUUUCUGCGUGACAGGUGUUGUAGGCAACGCCUUGGUUUUUGUUGUGUACUUCAAGAAGCGGGAUCGCCAAACAUCUACGCUUUUCAUCCUUACCCUGGCAGGAACCGAUUUCAUAACCUGCAUAGCAAAUAUCCCUUUCACGCUGGUCAUAGAGUACUACAGCUCUUACAUUGAAUAUGAUGUACUGUGCAAACUUUACAAAUUUCUUAUGACGUCCUCUGUCCCCUUCUCGGCAUUCAUCAUGUCCGCCAUCGCCGUUGACCGCUACCUUUGUAUUUGCCAUCCUCUGGCACAUAUAAUGACACUGGCCAGGGCCAAAAUGAUCAUUGCCGGACUCGUUUUAUUGGCAUGCAUUGCAGGAUUGGUAGUCAGCCUGUGUUAUGGGGUUUACCAGGCAUGUUCUGUCCCAAGCACAACCAAUGUUACUAAUGGCACUGCGUUUUUUCAAACUUUUGACACGUCUGUGUUCAAUACAUCGGAUGCUCACCUACGUCCAACAAGUGGUUUGCUCGAUACUCUUACUCUGACAUGGAACAAACUUCUUCAGACAUCCGAGCGCCGAGAAGAAGUCGAAGAAAUCAAAUACACCGGCUACUGCAUAUCCAACACUCUGCUUCUCGGAGAUGAGGUGCGGACAAUUUACAAGUAUUUCCACCUUGGCCUUUAUCUCACAUCGCUUGUGAUAGUCCUCGUCCUAUACUCACUUUUAUACAUGUCGGUCAUCGAACGGCGACGAAAGAGACGGCGGCAGAGAACAGAGGUGGUUCCCAGUCGCCUCACUGCUACCACCAACGGUAACAAUGGGACAUCUACGACCGUGCUUACUACGACAGAAGAAACAGAAAUGAAUUCCAUCCAUUGUGGGAACGGAGAAAAGAUUGAAUUUAUCCCGAAAGUCCAACGACCCAUCCUACAGCGAAGACAAACUCUCGAAAAGUCGCGAGACAGAGCAGCAAAUUUAAAAACUGCCGCCAUGUUGUUUGUCGUGGCGGUGGUGUUUCUAAUCAGUUUUUUGCCAGGAAUUCUUAUAACCGCAAACAUUAUUGAAAUACCUGAUUCAAAUUUGGCGAAAAUAUUUUUCUACUUUUUCUUUAUAAACCACGUUACUAAUCCUGUCAUCUAUUCGUUUAUGAACCAAAAUUUUCGAGACGACAUGAGGAAAAUACUAGAUUGUUAAACGAAUGGUGAGAAACGAAUAUGACUAUCAUUAAUCAGGUUAUCGUGUUUGAAUACGUUAAUAAAAAGUAGGAUUAACCAUGGCCCUUGCAUUCAUACUCCAUCAGUUUCUAUAAGUCGCUUACUUUCGUUUCCCAAAAAAUAGUAGAUAUUACGGUCGAUACUGAAGUAGAGAAAGCCUGCUUCUAAAAGAGUCUUAAAGAUGAAUUACCAGACAAGUCGACCUUUGUUUUCGAUUGAUCUUACUAUGGAACUGACCUUUUCUUAUCUUGCAUAUGAGCUCAAAAGUUUCCCCAUGUACAUUCUAAAGGGUAAGGUUUAAUUGACGCAGUGUUGCUGUUGCUGAGACAACAUCCGUUUAGCUAGACGUCCCUGUGCUGAAUGUAAGGUACAAAGAGAAAAUGUUAAACACAAGUACAAAAUUAAAAAAAAAAAACUCUUGUUGAACUCACUGAGGACAAGUAAUACUUUUGAUCAUUUAAAGUUUUUUUUGCAGAGUAAUGGCAAGGCUCAUUGGUUGGAUAUUCUGAAAAUAUACCGUUUACUCGAGAUAUAUCCGCAAGACGAGUUUUUCGCAGGAAAAUGUUACAUUGUGCAUCUUAAAAGGACAAAGAGGCUAAAGGACAAACGUGUAAGGUACUGGAAUCUGUCGUAUUCCAUAACCUUAUUGUGGUCUACUGGUAUAUUCCACAAGGUUAUCUCAUAA